UUUUAAUAUUUGAUUGUGUUCAGUAUUUGUCUACUGUCAAAGUGUCUUAUUCCGCUGUUCGUACCUCUGCUAAGUAAGCCAAUUUGUCCAACUCUGCAGUAUUCCGAAGUUGCCUUUCUGUGGCGAUUCAUAACGUAAGUUUACAUUCCUAGUAUCCAUGUGGUGUCCAUAUUGUGUCGCCUAAACAUCAGCAAAUGCCAUAAAACGAUAACUAUUAUACGAUCAUCUCACAUCUCCACAUCCAUCCCUGUCAUAAUUUCCCAUCGAGAUUCGAGACAAAACAUUCCUCAUCCAAGAGUGCUGCUGGCGUCGUCGAUCGCAUCGAUCGCCGCCUGCUGUGUAUAGAGAAUAACGGAUAAACAAACGAAGAAGCCGGGAGGGACCUUCGCUCACUCAUACAUUCUCACACUGCUGUUUGGUCUACGGGGUUUAUGCGAUCGCAACAAGAGGGCUCAGUUUCAAUCCAUACCGCACGGACAAUGGUAAUGGAUGCCGCAGCGCUUCGUUUGGCCGACCUUGAAGCGCGUCGCAUUUGUCGGUUCUGUUUACGUUCUUGUUCCACGGAUGAUGAACUGACUGCGAUUGGAAAGGAUAGGAAGUUGGCGUCCCGGAUUGGGUUCGCGUUGACGCUGGAGGUGACGGAGCAGGAUGGACUGCCACAGAGGAUUUGCGGCGGGUGCCAAUGGCUGAUGGAGAAGUUCUACCUGUUUAAGGAUCAGUGCAUACGGGCGGAGAUGCUGCUGAAGACGUUCGCCGAGUCCGGAAUGCCACUUAUGCAAUACUUUGAACCGGUUGAUUUCGCGGAGUUUCGGUGGAAGAGGAAAUGGGGAAACGAGAUCGAUGUUGGGAUACAGGUAGAAGAUACGAUGGGGAUAAUGAUGGUGAAGAAGGAGAAGCCCGAGACGGAAUCGGAGUAUGAGAUGAUUGCUCCGGAAAUGAUUAAACAGGAGGUGGAAGCGGAAGAUUGGAGCUUGGGAGAGGAAGUAGACGCGGUGGAAAACCUUGAUCGAGUCACUAUGGAUGAGAUCGCUCGGCAGCUGUACGAAACUGAAGAGACUACGUUGAACUCAUUCUCAACUGCCGAUCAGGAGGUUGAUGAAUCAACGCCGGACGGAGUUCAUAAUAUGGCCGAACUGAUUACAGAAAUGGAUAUUGGGUCAGCCCAACUAGCCACAAUCAAUGUCGAUCUUUACGAAGACAUAUCCAACGAUACGGUGGAAUUCGCGCAUGUUCCGAAGACGUCCAGUAUAGCAACAGAACCAAACCAACCGAUGGAACCGAUCAGCUCUACGGAAGAGAUGCUACUGCUGUUGAAAGACGGUGAUCAACACGAACCGACAAGAACCAUCACCGAGUUCCCACAGUCUCCGUCGGAUCUAAUUUACGAAGGCCUUCAAACGACACCGCUUUGCGAAUCUGAUGGUUUACCGUCACGCUUCGUCAACAUGGAACCUGGGGAAAUUGUUUCUGAUGACGAGUACGAUGAGGUGGUUAUCAUCAGCUCCGAUACCGAAGACAACCAACCGGACGAACAACCAUCGGGAUCGGUUUCAGUUCCGACACCGGUGCAGCAGGACCCUCCCAAAAGCGAGCAUUACCGGUGCCAGAAGUGUGAUAAGUUCUUCCCGCAAUCGCAGCUGCUGGAAUCGCAUGUCAAAGCGUACCACAUGGUUUCGCCGGCCAAGUCUACCGGUGGUGGACCGGUGCCGGUGAAGAAGUUCGUUCCAGGAAAGAGUGCCUCAAAACAUAAGAUGGCCAUCAUGAUCGAUAAUCCGGUCAAGAAGUGUCCCAAGUGUGGUACCAUGGUGCACAAGGCAUCCUACUGGGCACACAUGAGGUCCCACAGGUCCGGCGGCGAGGAACCGGUGAUGAACUAUGAGAAGGAGUCGACAGUCGUUGAGGAGCUGUGGGAUUGAGGGGUUCAUCUUCAUAUGGAAUCUUAAAUAUAGGAAAUUGAUUGACAAAAAAAAAACUGUGACGCUUUUACUUUUGUGAACGCCAAUAUGGAGGUGAUAUCAGAGAAUUUUUAUAAUGCCUGGAAUCAUACCCAUGUAACCAAUAAGCCG